AUUCAAUCAAGUCCCUACAUGAAACCGCGGCCUAUCGAACAUCAACAGCUUCCAGCCUAAACACAAGUACUCCAACGCAACGCUGUACGAAAAGCAAGUACUCCGACGCAACCAUGGCCAAAGCUCGGCGGCUCGUUGCCAUCGCGCUCAGGGUCGCGGCGGCGGCUGCCGCCGGCGUCGCGGCGAUCGUCAUGGCCACGAGCCACGAGACGACCACCGUCUUCGGCAUGCAGGUGGAGGCCAAGUUCCAGUACACGCCGUCCCUGGUGUUCUUCGUGUCCGCCAACGCCAUCGCCUGCGCCUACAGCCUCCUCGUCCUCCUCGUGCCGCCGGCGACCAGCCCGGCCGCGAAGCUGGUGCUCGUGGCCGACGCGAUGAUCGGUAUGGUGCUCACCGGCGCCGUGGCGGCGGCCACCGCCAUGUCGGACCUCGGGAAGAACGGGAACAGCCAGGCGCGAUGGCUGCCGAUUUGCGGGCAGAUACCGUCUUUCUGCGACCAUGUCACGGGGGCGCUCGCCUGUGGCUUCGUCGCGGUCGUCCUCCACUUCAUCGCCCUUCUGUAUUCCAUUUACACCAUGGACGGCUAGACAUGUUCAGAUAAAGAUUUACACCUGUUCUAUUUGUGUCACUUUGUUGUUGUUUUUGCUUGCAUGAACAGAAUGAGUUGUGAGCAACCUAGGUUGUUGUGCUGAGGCCCAUUUCCGCUAAUUAUUUUAUCCUGUUCUUCUUAACUAAUUGAUUGAGGCUUUUGGGUUCUAACUGGAAGGGUUUUUUAACUGAAAAUACCACCAUGAGAAGUUCAUUUUGUUGCACUUUUUUUUACCUCAGCUAAUGCUGUUGAUUUCUCAGAACUAAAGCUGUAUUGAUAUCAUGAUAUGUAAAUUUGACGAUAAUUGUGCAAGAUAAAUGUCUUCUGUAA